AUGCGCGGCCGCUUGCGCCCUUCGCGACGCCGGCGCAGUCGACCCGGGAACCAAUCAAAUCGCGAGCAAGCUAAAGACACACUACCCCCCAGAGUACGCUGGCUCGCGGAGAGCUCGCUUGCUAUUAGGGUUCGUUGGGGGGUUCGCAAUCACGCUUGAAGGUUCGCUAAUGAUCGCGGGGGAAAUUGGCUUUGGGAAGGGGGGCUGGAAUGAAACAAGACAUAUUUGGCGAUAUGGGGUUCGCAAGAAGGCAUCAAGGGAUAAUAUAGGACAGAUACCGGGGAAAAAUUGUCUAAGAAAAGGGUGAUCAAGAUUAUAACGCGAGUAAUCAAACGUUUAGGGAUCCGCAUUACGUCAGACAGUCUAAUAUGGCCAGGGAUGGGGGCUAAAAACGACAACUAUAAGGCGUCACCCUGCGCAUUUUCUUCGACGAGGGGGCCAGAAGGGGCCACAUCGGGGAUUUGCCCCGCCAUAGCCCCCUCUCCAGCCCACUCAUAGCCCCCUCUGGCCCCGCCAUAGCCCCCUCAUGAGGCUGGUGCUGGCAGGGCUUGUCCAACGGGCUUUCUCUACCUCCGACGAGGACUGCUUUGCCAAAGUCUUUCAGACUUUCGUGUGCUCACAGUUAGAGUUCGCUAGUUAAGCGUGAAAACCCUGGACCGCUAAGGACCUCAGCAUCCUUGUGAAAGUUCAAAGACAGGCAACCAAACCCGUUAGUGGACUCGGCUCACUAACCUACGAAACACGGUCAUCCAAUCUCGGCCUUUUUCCUGUAAUUUACGGACAGCUAAGAGGACACCUGAUACAAACGUUCCGUAUCAUGCGCGGCCAGGACUGCUGUCUUAUACCUGCUGAUUUUUUUGAGUUGGCAACCACAACAAAUCUCCGAGGUCAUCCCCUCACAUCACGUGUGACUGGCGUCAGGCUGGACACAUGGGAAUCGUUUUUUUCCAACAGCGUGCUCGAGGCUUGGAAUGCUCUACCUGCAGAUAUCGUCUUGUCCACAUCCGUCGAUGCUUUUAAGCGCAAGUUACAGCAGUAUGCCACCACACAUCAUAAUGUCAUCCGACCGAUAUCGUCCUCGCAUUCACUUCCAGCGGUUUAUUAAUAUUAUAAUAUUACUGUCUGUUUUUCAGCAACGUUGUUUCUUUAUUAUUGUACAUGGUCCACUGAAUAUGAAUGUUGGUGUUUACUUCGCCUCCCUCGGAUAACUGAGACCGUACCAAUAUUCUACGGCACAAUUAUGCAUAGACUGACUACCCUACAGCGCAUUUGGUAAUGUUAAUGGUUUUACCACUUAGAACAAUUCGUAUAUCUGUUCGGUUUCGAGAAAAACUUUUGAAGCCGUUUGAUGUUUCCAUUUUCGAAUUUUUGAUAUAAUUCGCUUCCCUGGAGCAGACAGGGGUUCAAAGGUUUAACAUUUAAGUUUCUCUCAGAUAAGCUGAACUUAAAAAAGGCAUCUCCUGACCGCUCUACUCCGUCACCCUCUAUGCCUCGCCUCCCGCUGGGGUGGGUCAAGAGAAAGGCCGGCCUUUGUUGUUUGUCCCCUUUAUGGCCUUCUCCUUGCUAUGUCAUUUAUUCAAGUUUACUUGUUCCGCAGCAAUUCAUGAACACGGCGCAUUCACUGAUUGCACUACGGACUCCGUUCGCAAGAGUAAAAUUGACUGGUUCCACGGGGUGCGAGACAGAUAUGGUGGCAGAGUCAAACGUCGGGAGACUACUGAGAAGAUGAAGUUAUUGCCUCGAGUUGUUCUAACCUACUUUCGGCUUCCCGUCUGCACCACUACGGCCUCACCUUACCUGACAAUGUCUCAGUCCGGAAACACUGUAAUUCGCCUUCCCUUAUAUUGUUAAAACCUUUUUAUGUCCAAACUAUUCUACCUAAUACUGCACUCCACAGUAAUGUUGGUUGCUAACACGCCACACUUAAGUAGCAUAGUUUUUCAAUUCAAUUCAAUUCAAUUCAAUUAUUUUUAUUAAAGACCCGUCGGGUUCCCAUCAAAGCAAGUAAAAAUAAAUUUACAUGCAAAUUUUAGACGAUGUAGGCAAAAUCUGCACAAAGUGCAAUGCAUAGUUUUUGAGAUUAGAAGUCCGUUAAGCAAAAUGAAAAUGAAAAAAAUGAAAAAAACGAGGGGUGAAAAAAAACUCCAAAGCAAAAUUUAAAAAUGAUUGUAGUAAUUUAACAGGAGAAACAAAAAAACCCCUCAGAAAAAUAGCAUCAGAAAAAAACAGGGAGGACUGGCCUGCAUGUGGCGGUACAAAAUGGAAUAUAGUCCGACAUCAACAUGGCCGAAAUAAAUGACAGCUGUAUAUGGCAUUGUGUAACGGAUUUCAUAAAAUGGUACGUAGGCGGAUCGGUCAGGACUGGCCUGUAUCGCCUUGAAUAAGAAAAAUAAGUGCCGAAGUUGAAAACCAGUCUCAAGCCGAUAGCAACCCAGAUGCGGUCGGUUUCAUCCAACCGAGUCCAUCCGAGCAUGGGGGGAGAUGCGACAAGACUACUAGUAUAUGGCGAAUAUAGAAGGCUUUGUCAAGACCGCCGAUGGAGCGCAUUCUGUAAGGGCACGAUGACAACCAGUCUCGAGGCGACAAGAACCCAAAUGCGGUCAGUUACAUUCAUCAGAGUCCAUCCGAGGAUAGGGCAAACGAGAUGCGACCAGAUUACUAGUAUAUGGCUAAUAUAGAAGGCUUCGCCAAGAGCAUCGAUGGAGCACAUUCAGUGAGGGCAUCAUGAAGAUCAGUCCCGAGGCGAUAGGAACCCAGAUGCGGUCGGUUACAUUCAUCCGAGUCCAACCGAGGAUGGGGGAAGGGAGAUGCGACCAAACUACUAGUAUAUGGCGAAUACAGAAGGUUCCGCCAAGAGCGUCGAUGGCGCGCAUUCUGUGAGGGCACGAUGCAUGAACUAAAAAAUUGGAAUAAUUAACAUUUCUGGUGAGGGAUCUUAGGUAGCGAGACUACUCAUAAAGGCAGGAAACGUGAACAGAUACGGAAAUUUAAUAGCGGCAUGCUAAAUUCCCGGUGGCCCUUUCUCAGUGUCAUAGAAAAAGUUGUCUGGGAAGGAUGAGGAAAAUAAAAGUUUAAUCGAGUCAGUAUUCAGAUAAAGGCGUAGCCUUCUCUUAAAGGUGUGUAGAUUUUCUGAAGAUCUUAUAUUUAUUGGAAGGUUAUUCCAGAGGAAAGUAUAUCUGGAAGCGAAAAAAAGGGAGCGCUUAGAGGUGGAGGACGCUGGAAGAGGUAUAAUUAGAGACGAGUUGCGAAGAUUUUAUGGGCGACUACUAGGGGUAAGUGUUGAAAUCCGAGGAAAAUUUGAACUAUGAUUAAUGCGAAAGAGGAGACAGAGGCCCGCUUCUAGUCUUCGAACCCAUAAAAAGUUUAGGUUAAUUAGCUGGCAUCUAUCUGAGUAGGAGAUAUUGGGAUGUUCCCUAUCUAAAAGUUUUUUUGAAAAACGUCUUUGGACAUUUUCAAUUUUUAAACGACUGGCUUCAUUCAUCAAACAAAGGAAUGGGCAACAAUACUCGAGAAUGGGAAGUACAAACAUACGAUAGAGCCUUAAUUUAAUUUCAGGAAGAUAGAAAUUGUAAGAAAUAAAGCCACAAAUCUGGGCAGCUUUGGCUGUAAUUCUGUCAGCGUGCGGCGAGAGAUCAAGAUUACUAGUGUAGCUUAAACCUAAAUCCUUGAUGGUGGUACAUUCAAUCAUAGGUGUUCCUUGAAAGACCACAGGUGGGGGUAGCCUAUCAGGUCCAAAACACAUAUAACGACAUUUAGACGGAGAGAAUUCCAUUAGCCAUUUUGAGCUCCAAGCUGAGAGAGCAAGCAAGUCAGCAUGGAUUUGCUCCAGGCAAUGAAGGCUCGUAGAUUUAUUGAAAGAAGAUACACAUUUGAGAUCAUCGGCAUAAAUAAAUGAUUGAAAAUGUUUAACUGCGGCUGAAAUAUCAUUUAUGUAAAGCAAGAACAAAAGAGGACCUAAACGGUACCUUGUAGGACACCGCUCACAAUAAGACUUUCACUGGAAAGUGAAGAUCCCACCAAAACCUUCUGUUUACGAUUAGACAGGUAUGACCUGAGAAAGUCUAUGAGUGGACUGCGAAUUCCCAUACCUUCCAAUUUAACCAAGAGUCUUUUAUGUGGCACUUUAUCAAAGGCUUUACUAAGAUCAAAAUAAAUAACGACAACAGAUAGGUGAUCAUUACGAAGAGAGGUAAGUAGAUCGAGAAACGACAGAUGACAUGUUUCACAAGAGCGAUCUGGUAAAAAACCAUGCUGGGAAGGGCUAAUAACUUGAUUGGCUAUGCAAAAUUCGGUAAUUUUUAUGGCGAUAAUUUUUUUAAAGAUUUUGGCGAGAGAGGGUGUUUUAUGGACGUCUCUGUUUAAUUUAACGAUGCUCUUGAAGAACUCCUUCCAAAUGCUUUGUUUUAUUGCAGGAACCCGAUACCCAUAACAACAGCCAUGCUCACUAAGUACCGUGACAACGCAUGGCUUACUAAUGAAGGCGAAAUUUCGAGUUCCAGGUGUAUACAUAUUUGAAGAAGAAGAAGAAGAGUCGAGCACCGGAACAAUUCGUUUAUUAUCCUGAGCUUUCAGACUCGUACAGGAGUCCAUCGUCAGAGGUAGUGGCAGAAACAGGAUAAACGGCAGUUAUAAGGCACAUAGACCCAAUCAUCGACCGACGUCGCUCGACUGGAGGUGACUACGAAGGACUCUGUACGCCGGCGCCUCGCCGCAUUAUCACAAGUGGUCGCCCAUACCUACGAAAUGGGCCACGAGUUUGACUUCGCAGCUACCAAAAUAGUUGCCCACGCCGGAAACAAUACAGGCCGAUAAUUUAUUAAAGCCUGGGCCUCGGAUGAGAACUCGGUCAAUCGAUUUAUAGAUCUGGCGCCGGCGUACAGAGCCCUUCGUAGUCACCUCCAGUCGUGCGACUUCGGUCGAUGAUUGGGUUUAUGUGCCUUAUAACUGCCGUUUAUCCUGUUUCUGCCACUACCUCUGACGAUGGACUCCUGUACGAGUCUGAAAGCUCAGGAUAAUAAACGAAUUGUUCCGGUGCUCGACUCUUCUUCUUCAAGCGUGGCUUACUGCUCAUACUAUAAAUUCAACUUUUUUGUUUAAUAAAUUAUUUACAACUAUUAAUUGGCGUCCAGAUGUCUAGCCAAUCUGGCUGGCUCGGGGCUUCGAAGUGUCGAACUAAGGUCUGAUAUGGCAGUGAUUGUGGGAAGGGGAAAGUCAGCAGCGUAAUAGGGACAGGGCCAAAACUGCGAAAAUAUGGUGCCUCCCUGCGAAUUUUUUUCGGCGAGGGGAAAGAAGAGGCAACACUGGGGAUUUGCGCCGCUAUAGUCCCUCGGCACCUUUUCUCUAGCCCCACUACAGCCCGCUAAAGUCCCCUUAACAGACGGAACUGAGGAGUGGCAAGGCGGGGCUGGUGCUGGCAGGGUCACUAGACCUUCCGAUGAAUUGAACUAUUUUGGGAACAGCUGUUUGCUGUUGGACUCGCAUGCCCUACUUGUGCGUAUUCGAAUCACCAAAUGGCCUAGAGGGAUUGUUCCUAUAAAUUACUUCGACGCGCACAUUUACGUUUGAUACAGAAUUCUGCAAUCAACGGUAAAUGCACUCUAAAUUGACGUGGUUGUCGUGCUUUGAUAUGGUACUCAGCAACAACACAAACGGUAUGUGUGCUCGACCGCUGUCCUGACCAUAAACACGGUAGAGAAACAAAGCACGAUCAGUCACGACGUAAUGUACUGAAGUCAGAAAAUCAUCCUCACUAAGAACUGCGUGUAUGUAUAACAUCUUCUGCAGGGUUGCUAACAGCAUGUCCAAUCCACCCCAAAAGGAAAGGCUAGAUGAGCCGAACAACUUCCCGUAGACACAGGUUAACGAGGUUCUAAGAAAACACUGUGGCCAAAGCCAGUGACAAUGCACUCUCGAGAGCAGGCUGCCACAUGGAGACAGAACUCAACGGGGACGCAAACAAGGGCUUUUUAGCAAGAUUGACCGAGGCUUCUUUGAAAUGUAGACAUUCCGAACAAAUCCCCUUCAAGCAGGUCGAUUUUUCUUCUGUUGUGAAUUAGCCUACAUCAGCAGCGCUGAUCUGCGCAUACGGUCUGUACGGCGACUAAGUAUCAGUUUGCGAUCUGAAGACAUAAAGACGGCGAUUAAUACGAAAGGCGACCCACUUCAAGGAGGUAUAGCUACUGGUCUGGAAAUCGGCCGAACUGUUGGAAUGGAUAAAUCGCUCGACGGGAUACCGAUUCGGUUUCGAUUGCAUUACCGUAAUAUCGUCGUCGGGUGUAAUUGUGUUGAAGCGUCCCGAUGUCAUCACAAAUGCAGAUGCGGGAAAAAACACUACCUCGGUGAGUUACUAAGGCCACCCCAAUCCAGUUACACAAUCACGGCCGAAAUCGGAUAUUACGACAGGGAGUUUGAUGCGAGAGACAGAUGCAGUUGUCCGCACGAACUGUAUACCGUUAGAAACGACCGAAUGAAACGCUGUAUGUAUCUUGCGACCCAUCAAGACUCAGGCAGGAGGGAAGCCACCAUGGGACUUCCGAUUUGGGGUAGUCCUGAACAAACACAUAAACAUAAACACAAACAUAAUUCCUGUCUGCACUCCUUGUGCCACCAGUACCCUUAUCUGCAACUGUCUCUGAUGAUGGGUUCGAGCGGUAAUCCGAAACGUCAGGCAAAUAAAUUUAUUGUUCCAGUGAUCGCAUCUUCGUCUUCCGCCUGGAUUAUAUCGUCCGUCGUCUCCUCCCACAAGCUUUCAAAGAGGCUCUUGAGUUUGUUAACGAAACGCUCCGCCUGGCCGCUAGUUUGAUGGUGAUAGGGCCAGAAACUAGUGUACUGGAGGAUCCAUUGGCAGCAGAACUCCUCAAAUGUUGAGGAAGUACAGGGGAAGCCAUAAUCCGAAACGAGAACAAAUUAAAUAUGCGAUCGCCGGAUUCGACGGAAAAAUCCCGGGUCUCUCCGUUUAGGCGUCGACUUAUGCAGCCGACGAGGCGGCAUCUUGGUUACUCGCUGCCAGCAGGAAGGGCUCCGAACCAAGCCGUCGAUGUAACUGUAAAUACCCGGCCAAUAGGCAAAACUGCGAACAGUUGACCACAUUCGGCUGGUAUCGGGGUUGGCAACACGAAAUUGGCGGAGCGCGGCAGGUCGAAAUGAAGUUUGAAUAACCACGCGUUCUGCAAAAGUGAGACAGGCAUCGACCACGGAAGGCGAUAAGAUACGCAGGGGUAGGCGUUGAAGAUCAUCAAGGAGGCAGUGGUUAGCCAAUAGGUCUGUACGUAGAAGACGGCUAAGCAGAGAACAGGACCAUGUUCGGUAGGCGUUGGAUGACGGCAAUAAUAACAGGCAUUCCUUCCACGACGUCCAAGAGCUGACAGCGCACAUCGUCCUCAGUCAAAGCGGCAACAAUCAUUGUGUCUUUCCCUGGUUUCAGGCGGUUGCAGACGAGGUGAAGGGGUGUGUCGGCCUGCCCAGCGUUGGCAGCACGACAGCAGCAGAUGUGAAGACCGCGACCAAAGAGUAUGAUUGCCCAAAAUCGAAGUCGGUCAAUUCAGUUAACUGAAAUACCCUUCCUAAAACCGGCUCUGAACGGCAAAAUAUUUGUGGUCUGUACACCACGUAAAGUGACGGUUGCGUGGCGGGGUGUGGAACUUCUUGACGGCAAAGGCAGUAGCUGAUGCCUCUAUCUCGAUUGAGCCAUAGUUUUUCUGCGGGUAGUUUUUGCCUACGAUAAAUGCAUGAUCGCUCUUUUAAACCCUUCGGAAAAUAACAGCACCGACUUUGUGACUGCCGCAAUGACGAUCGCCGUGUCGGAUCAUAAUGCGUGAGUAGCAGAUCCGAACGUAGUAUCGACCUUAGAUGAAUGAAGGCCUUUUCCAAAUCGGAGGACCGACACCCGGGAGCAUUUUUCGUCAAACGACAAUUGGGCGAGACCCCUAAGUCAUGCAGCGACGACAUGAAGGCAUUGUAGUAAUUUAUCAGGACAGGCUACGAACGGAGUCAAAAUAAACCACGGGAUGCGAGCUUUCGUUGGACAGCACAAAUAUUUUCGGGCUCUGGAUGGUGGCCGGUAGAGUCCGUGUUUGCGUCGUGUGAACCAGGUUCGUCGAGCAUGAGAUUACAUUGCGCAAAACGGACUGAGCGCUAGGACGAGGGUUGUAAAUUUUUGGAUAGUUUAUCGGUCCCCUCUUAGCUGCUCCUGCUACCCCUUUGUUGCAGAACAGAUAUCAGAUCAAUAAGUCCGUAAGUGUCCGGACGUGCAUGACUACUAUUUCAAUAAACACGUAUAAUGUGUAUCGUUUUCUCGUGCGUAUAAAUAAUUCCUGUAUCAAAGGUGCUCAGGAGUAAAACAAGUGAGGGCCACGCCUGUUCUCUAGCAAGUUCUUCGAGCAGUUUUGCUGGGAUUUCGUGCUGACCAAAGGUCAAACUGUUUUCAUAUUUCUUAAUUAUCGAAAGUUCUAUCCUUCAUGGAAGAAUGUUUUUAGUAAUUUGAGUUCUCAGUUCCUAGUGAAUAGCUCGAGAGAAGACAACUUUCCUUGUGAAAACAAAUUCAACGAGCGGGAAAAUUUACAGGACUUUUUCCUGUAUUCUGAGGUCCUCAUCUGUCCUUAUCAGGGUGUCGGAUUUCUACAGCAUGUGUCCUUCUACGUGAAAGCGCAAAAAAUCAAGGAUUUCUGGCGCUUCGGUGGAACAGAUAACUUUUAAGUGUCCGUAACUUUAAAAUUAAUUUCAUUAAUCUUAUCCCUCUGCGCUUUUUGCCACAUAAAUUCUGCAAUUUCUUUGUGACUUUUUGGCUUCUUUCAUAAUUAUUACUUCAGCUGCAGGCCUUCUUCAAGUUUUGGUAUGACUACUGAGGCCCGUUAGAUUCUCGGUCGUCGGCAGUGCCACCCAAGGAGCGAGCUUUCUAGUCUGUGAGCAAUAUUUGGACCCUACCUAAGGGAAAAUACCUCGUCCGUUAUCUGGACUAAUUCAGUUUGGUGCUGGUAGUCCAUGAGAGCGAGCAUAAGCAAACAAUAUGCCCCAUCGUCUCCUAGCGAAUGGUGGCAGAAUUCAAAUUAUUAUAAUCUUGGUGUCCACUUGCAGUAUUCUUGCACAGAAAAUGAUGUUCCGGAAGUCUUGCUUUUGCUUGAUCAUAACACUGCUUCAUUUUUUACAACUUUGUAUUCACGUGGCAGCUGACUUCGUGGUCUGUUUGACUUGUCCGGCUUGCUGGCAGUUUACCUGGUCUCGUUGAUUUGCUCUGUCUUACCGCUCUGUUUUACCGCUUUCCGAUUUUGUCAACAGUGUGCUUUCUGCCGCCUACUAUUCUACCAUAAUCUUGAUCUCUACACUAAUUUCUCUGUCGUUCUCCUCUUUAUGGAGAGGCGCGCAGUCGUGCUUGACUUUACUUGCUGCAUUGGCUCUAAUCCUCUUUCUAAAGAACUCUGUCAAGCACUGCAUUACUAGCCACGUGGUUUAUAUUCUCGGGGUUCUUAAAGAAAGGGGUCACAUCAUUCAGGAGGUUAAGGGAUGAAACCCGAGUUCGAGACGCCCGAACUGUAACCAUUGGUCUCUGGUUUAAUUUUGCCUACUGUGUUAUGGACUUAUCAGGAUUCACGUAGGUCAUCAAAUACUUAUGGCUUUUCUGACUGCAGAGAGACUUAGGUUUAUAAACAAGCAUGUGAGGCGAUGGCUUUUCUAAGACUAGAGUUGCAUGCGGGACAGCGCGCUGAUUAAAACAAAGGAGUUUGGUUCAAACGAUGACGGAGUACAUAGGCUUGUGGGAGCCCAUUAGUUUGGGGAAGCAAAAAACGUACGUUAUUCCGCAUUCUAUCCGAAAAAAGACUCUCUCGAAAAACUGAUCCAAACUGCACAUCCGGAGAAAAUUGUGUUUUCCUACCGGCUCGCGAAAUAGUGUCACAUUUUUGUCCUUCGUAUUCUUAUAACUACAACUGAAGUGCCCUUGCCUUGAUCCCCCAAAUCCCCAGGCAGUCUGAUUUCACAGCCUAGUUAGCACUGCCCUAUAACCGUGACGACCCUAGUUUCAUCCACGUUUGACAGAUAACACUCCAGCACGACCUCUGUCUGCAAUUGAGGUGUCAGAAACUCUAUUGUUCGAUUAUGUUUGAUUUAAGCUUACGUGUCAUGAAUGGGCAAAUGUAUGCGAAUCGAUGUACAAUCCUCCUGGGAGCCGUGACAAAUAAUGAUGAACUCGGUCCUAAAAAUAACUCACACUUCACCGUCGGGCGUUAAUCCCGACUCAAGUGGCGACCACUUUAAGUCAGGAGUUGUAGUUCUUAAGGCUCGAUUACCUGAGUAUUAAUAAAAUUGCUCAACUCUUAGUGUUGGAAAGAGUCAGUAAACGGUUUUGGCUAAAAAGAGUCUUGAGUAUCCGAACGAACAAAAUCGCAUUAAUUUACUCGAUGAUCAAACUAGGACAACAGAAUUUCUGCUUUCGGCAUCUUAAAGGAAAGGGUAUGACCUGCGUACACAGAAGCUCUUUUAAAUCAAGCGAUAACUUACUGUGGCUCACAAAACAAUUUAGAAAAUCUACCACCAGGGCCUCCGAAUAAUCGACAGCUGUGUACUCUACUUGUUGUGCCAUUGUUUCCGAGAGAACCAUUAAAGUCAGCCAUUAUUUUUCGAGGACUACGAUGGAUGAGAGGAAACGAACAAGAAUGGUCAUCUAACUGAAAGCUACAGCCUGUAGUCGUGGAUAAUUUGAACUAAAAGUCGAGUAUCUGGAAUGUGCUGGGGUAGGUUGAGAUGGCGCGUAUGACACAGUCGCACCCAUUCAUUUUAUAAGUGAUAUUUCUGAAACUUGCAAUGGCUGUCGGAGGGAGUUCGUGGAUCCUAAAUAACGUUGAUGAUCCGGGUUUUCUUAACAUGUUACAAUUGACUUGACUGGGGUUGCGAUCAAAAUUGGUCCACCUGGCGGCUUACACUGUCUGCAUGUUGUGGAACAACUGAAGGUACAAAUUUCACCUUGCCACUAUGGGCGCAGCGGGAUGCUUACCUUCUAAGCCUGUGGGACAAAAAAAAACGGUGUUCUGUUUGUAGUAGCAAGACAACGUACUGAAGUACAAGUACUCCUAGCGUAGUUAUAAAUCUAUACGUAACCCUUAACUUGACGGCGGUGACCUCUGACAUUAACUCGCUCUAAUGCCCUCCCUUUGUACAGAUAAUUGUUGCAGAUGUCAUUUAAAAGCCCAUGGUUUGCCAGACAGCUUUAGGGAGCUAUAUUUGUCUUUUUUGUUGGCGAUUCUCGUGCACUUUUUUAUAUUUUUUUCAGUUUUGCUUUUGACGUCUUUACGCGUUUUCUUAGGAUUCGUGUGCGUUUUGUUUGCUGUUGUUUUCGUCGUUUGAUUCCAGCGCUGUUAAUAAGCUUCCUGUAAGUUAAAUCGGUUCUUGUUUCUUUAUUCGUCGUUACUGAGCCCUCCGUUGUUUGGCCUCAAGUCUGAAAAUCCAGAGCCACAACCUUUGCUGACUAUGCGCACUGGCAUAUAAGCAUGGCUCGUUGAGGAAAAAUGUGAUGAUCUUUUAAAAGUUUCUGGUUACCAUGCACCUUGAGGAUAUUGGGAUUAUUAAAGGAUGAAAUCGUUUUAGCUUUCUCUCACGCCUCCAGUGGACUUAAGGGAUGUGUUUUAAUUCCCCAGUUUUAACUUGUCAGAAUUAAAGUCGGCGACGUUCCGUCAAAGUCGUGUUCGCCGACGUCAUGCGCUGGAUACCCGUCGAAUCAAACCCAGAUGUCUUGAAUAAAGUAAAACUGUGCUUUGGCUUGACGCUUUAGUUCAUACGCCAGCUUGGUGUCCCUAAUCAACUAGGUUUCUCCGACGUACUCGGCGUUGAUCCUGUGUUACAAGCACUCGUGCCGAAGCCUCUGUUUGCACUUUUGCUUUUGUAUCCGAUCAAUGAAAAUGUCACCUCACAGACAAUAGGUGAUGUAUCAGUAAAUGAAGAUUGUUUCUUCAUAAAACAAACCAUCUCAAACGCAUGUGGAACGAUUGCAGUCCUCCACGCGUUGGCCAACAUCAGGGACAAGAUUGACACAACGAGUAUGUUUGCCUAAUCACUUGUGAGAUAGUAUUAUUCCCACCUAAAGUGUUUAUUUAGUAGUUUCUGUCACGUACUAGUAGGACGCAUUCCAGGGUGGCGAAGGCUCAGUGUUGUGGUUCUCUGUAGAGGUACUGGAUCAAAACGAAGACAUAUUGUCCCAGGGUACAUGUUACUCAGGCUGUGCAAUCCGUGUAAGCUUAUUAGUACUAUCGUACGUGGGAGGAGUGUGGUUGCACAUCCACGCAGCGGCAGACACUACGGUCAAUUCCACCGCCCGUUGGCCGACAUGCUUGGACAGUCAGGCGGUGCGUGGGAGGAGUGAGGUCGACACCGGGAAAUCCGUAACCAUAUCAUCCCAGCGCAUCCCUCACUAUAAUAGUCAAGACGCGAUAACCUAUCACGACGCGCCAAAGUUAGGGUUAGAGGGAUGUUAGCUGGUAGGACAACUUGAUCCGUCUCGUGAUUGAGAGUCGGGUUGCAAUGGCUCGUUAAGGUAGCUUUUACGGCAUUCCGGCGCAUUUGAAGUCCGACCCACCCUUAAAAACCUGACACAUUUAAUGGUAGCCAGAUCACGUAGACGGGUUGUCUAGUUGUGUCACCCAUUGCGCUCGACCCACCGCCAGUCUUCUCGACAUGGUUUUGGCGCCGUAGCAAAGUGUUUAGAGGGGAGAGUGCGGUAGUUUCUGCGCAAGUCGGCUUUCUGCGGCCACUCCGUGGGACCCACAGCGGACUUGUUCGCGACGGCCAAAUUGUUGAAGUGGUGGGUCACCUUAGCAUCAGAGCAAUUUACUCGGUUGAGUGCCUUCCAACUUUCUUUUUUCAUGUUAAGGUUCCCAAGUUCCAACUUAUGGGACUUUUAUACUGUCAUUAUUUUGUCCGAGUUUGGGGGCAUCUGGCUUUAUAACUUUCACUGGUGUCACUUGGUCGGGCAUGUCCGCCCACCAAAUACGGGGAGGAGAUGCAGCGAGCUUCCGAAUUUUACUAAUGCAUUUGCUUUAAGAUUAUUACUGCAAAUUAACUGCGCCAUUAUUUGGCGUAACUUUUCAAAGGUGGUAGAUGUGUCCUCUGCAUUCAAAAUUGCCGCAAAUUGUCGCGUAUUUACCAUACUGUACGGAACUCAUCCUUGAAUCCGUUACGUUAAGUCAUUUGCACCUAUGCCAUUCGUCGCCACUGAUCUAACUGACUCCAUAUUUCACGUUUAGAGCAUUAAUCGUGGUUGCCGCCUGGUGCAGUCGAUCAACGGCAGAUUCUCAGCCAAAGCCGAACCAGUUAUCACGUUAGCUGCGAAGAUCUAAGACAGCUGGGUCACAGCCAAGCCUGAUGUCAGCCCUCGCCACGACUCCCACGUCCUAAUUUGACGGUCUCGUCGCCGUCGCUAGCCCGGACUGAAAUCGGAUGAGUUUACAUUCAGAUUUUGCUCUCAGGUCGAUGCAUCAUUCCACCGGACCAUCUGAGUCAACAGUUGAGGGGUUCCUUUUCCGACCGAAUAUAUGGCCGUUCAUUAAAGACGCGAUUGGAGAAUCGGAUUCGCGGAUAACGUUUUAGUGGAAGCAUCUUUUACUUUCAGUCUGCUCUCACCUAUCGCGGGGAUUUCAGUCACCUGUGAUAAGGGCUGCUCGCCCCUGGCUGAUCCGAUUGUCGUUUUUACAGUGUACGUUUGAAGGAUGGUUGGGCUGGAAGCAACAGAAGUUGUCCGCUGGUCUUAGAGUCUUACCUUGGUCGGCCGCAAGGCCCGAGGUUUUUCCCUUUCAUGUAAGAGCUAAUUUUCAGGUCCAUUUCUUAGGUUGUAAAAGGUGAAGGUUCCAGGCUGAUAACCUGAGAAAGAGGAAAAGCUCAUCAGAGCGGAGUUAUCAUGUUGCUGAAGUUUCAGAGAACUUGGUCGAUUCAUCAUUGUCCAGGCAUUUAAUUCAGAAUAUCGUACAAAAUUUCAAAUGACUGACCGAGUUAGUCAAACCUAGACUGGUCGACUUUUUCAUCGUUCGCUGCCUCGGACAUUUGACCGAUGCUCGGGGGGCCUGACGGCCGCUUGCGCUGCGAAUCGUCACCUCUGUUGAGGUUGGUUGAACCUCUGUCUCUCCCACGGGCGAGUUCAUCGGCGGGACGUGUCUGCUCAGUUUCCUUAUGUUCGGUGUGGCUAUCCUGUCCUGUAGUAACGCAGAACUUUGUAAGCCACAGGAAGGUCUAGACGCCUGUUGAUAGAGUUGGCAUCAGAAUGCCACGCCUUAACUGUCGACCAUCCUGCCCUUGAGGUGCCCUGGCCUACGAUGAUCGCUCCUUGAAGGUCAAAAACGUGACAAAUUUGUUUGGUGUGAGUUGCAAGUUGAGUUUGGGUCUAGCUUCCGAGUUGCCAAUCUGUGUUCGCGUGCGCAUGUCUGAAGUUCUUGCCCGUUUUCCCCAACGCAAUUACAGUUUUCGGGCGAAUCAAGCAUAACUUGGCAGCUCGGAGAAAGUCGAUCAGUCUAAGACCGAAUAGCACGGCUAGUCAUUUAAAAUUCUGGCCAAUAUUCUGCAUAAAACGCUUUGACAAUGGUGAUCUGGCCAAGCCCUCCGAAACGUCAGCAACAUCACAACUCUGCUCCAUUGAGCUUCCUCCCUUCCUCGUGCCCAUCCAUAUUGUAUUUGAACUUACUCAGGACAUCGCUCGCCGCGCUUUUGCAAAAAGAACUUUCCAGCACUACAACAUCAUCAGGAUAGUGAAGAUACGUAAUACACGAACCAUAACCUACUGGUACCCGUGAGUAGCCGAAAAACUCAGUCUACCACGCAGUUGAACGAGGUCAAUGAGGGAACGUAGCCCUGGUGGUCACCAGAAGUAAUAUUAAGGAAAUCUCUCCACUCACUGGUCACAGAUUGUGGUCCUUGUUCGGUGGUGGCAAGCUUAAAUUAUUUGACAUAACCUCGGUGGCGUGUCAACACACAGCGUAACCAGUAGCCAGCGUAACUCAGUCCCUGACGUCAGCCUGCUAUGAUGGACAGAUCUUUAAUUAUCAGCAGAUCAGGUGCAAUCCUCGCGACAACAACGACUUGCGCUUGAACCGUCUUAGUUAAAGCCAGUUGAUUUUAGACCGGAAUCUUUCACACUGUUAUUGAGGAGGUUAGAGAUAUUCGGAAAGAAGCUUGGGGCGGUCUACGGUGUAAUCCCUUACAGGUCAUGCCUUUUCGUCUGUACGUAGUCUGAAUCGUAGUCCAACCCUCGGUGCGUCAGAUGGUCGAGAAAUCAUCACGCCAACAUCCAACGCACGUGAUGAAAUUGCAGUAAUUAUCGACUCGAAUGUCGGCCAUCAAGCAAUGAUCACACCAAGUGCGACGAUCCCGGAUGAAGGGGGGAGCCGUGAAUGUUCAUAGGUAUGCGGUAGCAUGGCUACUGCAUCCUAUAAAUACCGCAGCCCCUUGUGCAACAACCACCCGUUUCUGUUUUUUGUCUCUGAUGAUGGAUUCGAGUAGGAAUCCGAAACGUCAGGCUAAUAAAGCUCUUGUCCCGGCGAUCGUGUCUCCUUCUUCAAGUCCAACCCUCACAAAAACCUGGUUAAGACUAUUCUCGGUACCAGUGUCGGCACAGCGCGAGAGUCCAUUGAGCGAACCCAGCCUGCCGGAACAAGUAUAUGGUCAAGUUGAUCUUGACUCUGAGCAACACUUAAAUACCAUGCGACAAUGUUUUUUCCUGAGGUGUCGGAAGUGGACACUUGUAAUAACCAAUUGGCUCAGCGUAGCGAGAUUGAUAAGCCUCUCGCCAUUCACAUAAGUUUUCCAUUGCAUGGUGACCGGGGCCUCGUACUCCGCCGUCCCUGUCUUCAAAUUCUCCGUCACAAGAAGUGAGCGAGCUGCGACGUUUUUCCACUGUCAACACCUCUUAAAGACAUCGUGCCGCAUACCACCAUCAUAACCGCCACCAUCAUCAUUAUCAUCAACAACAACCAUUAUCCUGUGAUAGCGCGUACACCAGAAUAACUGACCAGGCAGUUCGAACACUGCAAACUUGCGAAAUGAUAUGCGUUGCCCUGAUUUCAGAGACGACACUAGAGAUGUAGUGGGCUUUUUUCCAGACUUUUACAACAUCUAUCUGAUAUUUAGCGUGUAUCAGGUUUCUACAAGGACGGCUCGCGUCUCACAUCAGCCGAAGCUCUAUAAAAGCCGCAUCAAGACCGUAGAUCGUCACCGAAAGUGGCAGUCUCCCACCAGUUGCGCUGGUGGUAGUCUAAGGUGGUGGUCUUUCAUCCAGACUGCAGAAGCAGAAGAAGCCUGACGUGGUCUUCUGUAAUUCUAAUAAUUAGAACGGUAGACAGUGACGUCGUCUCACUGUGUUCCGCCCUCUCUGCCUUGUAGAUAUGACCUGGCUGAACAAUUACAUUAAACAGACUCAAAGCCUUUCGCCAGCUGAACGUGGCGAGAAGCUGGAGCAGGAGCAGGUAUGUGCAGGUACGUUUUGUUACCCCCGUUUUUUUGUACAGGAGCUCAGCACUAUGCACGAGGAAUGCGCCCUGGAGGGUCAGACUGAGGUAAACACCCGUCUCGUGCACUUUGUCUCGUAGGCCCCUGAAGCCACAGCCAAGGUCGAUCUGCACUUUGUUGCCUUUGUGAAUUGUCACGGGAAGUUGAUUGAACUAGGUAAGUGCCAGAGUCCGUCUUUCUUUUUUUUCAAUUUGCCUCGAAGACAUCUGCUAAAUCACAUGUACAUUUUACGUUUUUCGUUGGGUUAUGCCAAGCCACUGGCAUUAUUUCACCUAGCGGAGGUGUUACACAGACGAAAACUGGUUUUACUCCUCUGUGAGUGUGGAGUUAGCCGAUAUGUCUUGGUCGUAGGACGAAGAUGUGUGGAAGUUGGCGAGCGUACCGUGUGCUUUCGAUAAAUCAUGGCCGAGCCAGGAUGCCAGAAAAGCAUUCGAGGGAUAAGAAAGAUCGAUUACAAUUCGUCAUCUCUCUCAAGUGGGAUGCGGGACUAGGGGGGGGGGGGGGUAAGGCAGUGAGGGAUAUGUAGAGUCGUGCGGGGGGAGAGCGUGGGAAUGUGCAUGUGGUUAACCGGACCUUUGGCCAUGGUAGAUUCAGCUCUUGCACCGCCAGUUCGAUGGUCCACCACGUGCGACAUAGCAGGAUGAGAGCAGGGACGGUGACUCGCGCGCAAAUUUGUUUGCAGUGGUGGGAGACUUCCGCCGCAUUUACCGCACUCUCUCCUCCUCCACCACCUGGGCUCCGUUUCAGGACAGAGUCAAGAAGUCCGGAAACGGAGGAGGACGCAGGGGGCGGUUCACGGCGCAAACCCGCACCUAGGCGUACCGCCACACCCCCUGGUCUACAACGCACACCGACCAGGGUUUUAUACUUUGAUGGGACCCCGACGGGUCUUUAAUAAAAAAAUUAUCUUAAUUAUCUCAUACGACAAAAAGGGGGGGGUUCUCAGACCCAAUUAGUGCGGACUGGUUCUGCGCCUGGGCGUGUCGUCACACAACGCCAAUGUUAUGGACGGGCAUUCCUAAUAACACCUGCUGCAUCCCGGCUUAGUUCCGGUGUUGAUCCAGUGCAUCUAUCAUGUGCGCACACAAGACUGGCUGCCGCAACCUGAUGGCAAUUGCUUUUGCUGUCGCUAGCAGACGUUGACCCCGUGGCUUAAGGCAGCUCGGUGGAACCGUAGCGCAAUUGAUGAGCACCCUUCUAAGUUGUUGUUAUUUGUUUCGUUGUCACGGACUAUCGAAGUGAUUGCCGUAUACGUAUACGACGUUUGCCUCGAAACCCCACGUAGACGUUACUUCAGCCGCGUUGCGAAUAUCGGAUCUUGCCCAGUCGACGACUGCUCGCCGGUAGCACUCAACCGGUCUGGGUCCGUCUCGGGGCGAAAGUCCGAUGAUUAUGUGAAAUCAAUGAUGGCAAAGGUAGGGUGUAGAACCCCACGUAGCUGGCAAUUCAGCGUAACUGUAAACACCACUUUGGUUAAAGUUUCCUUACCUUCCUGACCAAAUGUAAACUUACCAGCGGCGGUUUACCCAAAGUCCGUUAUUUUUCGAAAGUUGCUUUUUGUUUAUUUUUUUUAAUUAUCGCGCUCACUUUCUUUGCCAAAUGGCCGCGUAAGAUAAGACUUUCGGCGGGUAUGACACGGUCCACAGACCAGCUCAAAUUAUUUGGGAUCCUACACCCUACCGUUGCUUCAAGGAUAACAAAAAAUGACUGUUUCUCUCAUCGCCGAAGCUUAUAUUUUUGCUUUUGCUGUCAACCUGUAAUUUCUUUUUAUUUACUUCCCUGCCUUCUUUGCUGCAUGGCUUCCAUCCGUCUAGACGGCCGACGCGAUGGGCCCGUCUGUCAUGGCACGACUUCCGCAGACAGUCUUCUAGAGGAUGCCUGCAAUGUCGUCAAGAAGUUUAUGGAACGUGACCCAGAAAAUCUUCACUUUAGUCUGAUUGCCUUAACGGAGCUUCAGGACUGA